AUGUCAGUUGUGACAGCAGCCGCUAACCUUAAAUUCAAGUAACAUUUAUUUGAAUUCGAAGGAAUCAAAAUUGAAUAACAUUAAAUUGGUGCAGUUUUUUAAUACAAAUGAUAAGCAUAUCACAAAAAACUGCUCCCUUAGUAAUCACAUAUCCAAAAUCGUAUUUGAAAGUAAGAAAUUUCUCGUCUUUUCUCAAUAAAUUGCAAAUCUGGAUGAAAAUAACGAGGAUAUGAUUUCGGCAGCGAAUUCUGAGGAGUUCGUCCCCAGUGGACGUCGAGUUGUUGAGGACCACCCUGGUCCAUAUAAAAAACUGCUAUUAGGCGAUUAUUACUUCGAAGAUUCUAACAAUUCCAAUAUCGAGAAAGAUGUUUGUGAAAUCUAUAGACAGGCAUAUUAUCCUGAGAGUUCUAGUGAAAAUUAUAGCAUUCACAGCGACCCAAUUGAUUAUGUGCCAUCUGAUCGGGAAAGUCCUGAGCCAACUAGCCGUGAGAGAGCAGAUGCUAGAAUCAUAUAUAUGUUAGAUAUGAUAUCAUUAGCAGAUAAAAGGGAAAGUCAAAAAGAGUUUUGGAUGUUGAGAAAUCCCUUGAUUCUUGAUGAUUCAACGAUUUCAAAAAGUUUACCAUCGAAUGUUUUGAGUAACCAUUUCCAACAAAAUGGCAGUAAGUCUAUUUAUGGAGAUUCACUGAACUUCAGGAUGAGUGUUUCAAAUAGAUCCAAAUUGAAAAAAAGAUUCUCCACUGGCAGUGAAAAUUUGUCAAGCAGCUCGAAGUUUAGCCCUUCCUUGAAUGAGAAAUCAUCAAAAUCAAUACUAGCUGUUGAAAAUACUUCAAAAAACAAAUCUACUAAAUUGAAUACGAAACUGAGAGCUGGCUAUGUAGAGGAUGAAUUAUAUGUUAAAGGAUAUACUGUUGUUUGGUCGAGAAGUAUUGUUAAUACAUAUGGAUCGUUGUUAGAACCUUUGAAGAAAAUAAUUUGUUCAUAUAGGUGUGAAGAUAAAAUUUUAUGCAUUCAGUGGUGUACCUUUCGAUCUGAAAGACCCACUUACAAUACUGCGGUGAAUGAGAUGAAUCCCGACUACAAAAGUAUAGAAGUUCCCAGCAUUUGUGUAGUUAGUAAUCAAACCAUUAAAGUGUUUGCUGAAUCUGGUGAAGAUUUCGAAGUAGCGGUUCCAUUUCCUAUAGAAAAGGUUUGGGCUGUAGAUUUUGGAAUAAUCAUUUGUAGGAAAGUUACAGAUGGUGAUUCCAAAGAUGUUCCUAUUGGAGCAAAGUCUACGUUGUAUUCUCUUGCUCAUCCACUGGAUGAUAUUUAUCCAGUUGUAAUGAGUAAGGGUUCAUAUUCACAAAUAUUAAGUAAUCCUGAUGUGAAGGUUAUUUUCACAAGUGAAUCUCCCAGUUUGUGUGUUUUGUAUGAUUAUGAAGCUAAACAACACUUCGCAUAUAGAAUAAGAAAAUGUAGACCUGAAGAAAAAGAUUUUUACGAAAAGAGUCUAGGAUUGAAUUCUUCCUCAACUGUCAACAAUUCUCUGAAGUUAAAAAACCGUUUAUCCAUGUGGGAUAAUGUCUCAGGAAAUGUACCAAGUAUAUUGAAUUCUGUGGGAAGAAUAAACAGUUUCUCAAAUCUUCAUACGCAUUCUAAAACCCAUAGCCCUACUGUGUCCUCAGUAAGUAGAUCUCAUUCUGCAUUUGGGUCCACAGCUACCAAUUAUGAUUUGAGUCAACCUUCAAGCACAUAUAAUUUGGAUAAAGCUAUGUCUUUGGAUAUGUCAAGGUCUUUAUUACCCAUAAAACAAUUUCCUGCAAUAUGUUUAGACCAUGUAUGGACAGAACCCUCUAUGGAAGGAGAAAAUGCUAGAGCUUCAAAGGUGUUUGUUUGUGAUGACUUGGCUGGACAGAGUUACUUUUGUUAUGUAUCCCAAUUGAGGCUAUUCAUGGUAAAAGCCAACUUCACAAAUGGCUCGAAUUUUAUGUUUGGAGCAUCAACUAGUAUAAGUGCCAAAGAUGCCGUCCCUAUUCCGCAUUUACAUAUGCUGGCCAUUUUGGAACAUUCAGGCAAUGUGAGUCUGUAUUCCGGCAUGACCUUGGUCGGAAAAUUACAUCUAGAUGGCACUCUGGUGAAACAUACUCCUACUCCUUACCUCCGAAGAUUUCAAACACAGCUGAAUUCUUCCUUCCCAAGGAGAAGCAGUUUGUUGCCCCAUUGUAAGCAGGCUGAUCCCGAAUUCGAUGAACAACUAUUUUCUCCAGUGCUGCCGUCUGAUCGUCCAAAUAUGCACCAAGUAUCUAUGCCACCCCAAGGUAACGUUUCAGUUGAAGGCCUUAGGGAUCCUCUGGAGAAUCGUAUUACAUUAAUUUACUCAGAUAAAACUUUUUAUAGAGUUAAGUUUCCUCUUCUUGCCACAUCUCCACUAGUAGAACACUGUCUGAAUGCACUUUGGCAUUGUCUUCAAAGAGAUGCAGUUAUGACUCUUUUUACCAGAUGGUAUACAACCAGAAAUGGUUUGGGUACACAAGAUUGUACCGAUCAGCAGGAGUGGGAAAUGUUUACCACUUUGUUAUUUGAGUUGCUGGGUUAUGAAGAGGAGCAAAAUGAUACAUCUAAAGAUGACCCUCAAACACCCUCAGCAUCUGCUAAAAAAGCAAGGCCGUCAUUCGUCGGUUCCGACGAUGAUUGGAAUCAUUUGAUAAAUUCCGAAUACAACAAAGUGAACGCUAAACAACUGAGCACCCUGCUCAGAUUUCACGAUAAUGAUGAACCUAGUUCACUGGAAGAUUCUCCGGAACAAAUCAAGAUUAAUACGAAUUCUGUCCUUUUUCCUUAUAUAAAACUAAUUCACUUCUCUCUCCACCUUAUGUACGAAGAUUUCAAAUUAGACAAACUCCUAACGAGCUUACUACGACCGUUAGCAAUAUUUUUAAAUCAAAUCUGCAACGAUAUGAGCAUGUUUGAAUAUUCGCUGCACUAUUGGAAAGAUUUUCCUGAGUGGUGUAAGGUUGGACCUGGCAACAGGAGGUUUGUCAAUGAAAGUAGGCAGUUCAAUCUGCAUAAUGUUGGUUUUGAAGGAGUGGUGAAUAUCAUGGAGUAUUUGAGUUACUUAUUACAGGGUUGCGCUUUAACUGAGUUUCCUUAUUUAAAGAACGUUAAUGAGAGAUCCAGAGAUAUUGUUCAGCUAUGUAACAUCUUAUCUGGCUAUAUCCACAAUGUUAACAGACAAGGAAAUGUGAUGAAGCCAUUGAAUGAAAUUAGUAGUGAUAUACCUUUCAAUAAAACGACAUGCAAAUCGCUGGAAGAGAUCGUUUUGUUGAUGACCCAAAUGAACAUUACAACCCAGGUAUUGAACACUCUACCCUUUGGGUUAUACCUGUUCUUCUACGACGCCUUAUGGAAAUGUAGGGAAAAUCCUCCAACAGACUGGCCAACUGAAGCUUAUUUAUUGAUACAGCGAGAAGAUUUGGCUUAUAUUUCGAACUUAUCGAAUAAGGUUGAUGAGGAGCCUUCUUUCAUUCAGUCCAUAGUUUCUUCGAUGGAAAUGAGCAUACCAACUGCUCCGGAGCUGGCAGCUAAGGACGGAAUGGAUAACAUAGACUGUGAUAUCACAAAUCUCAUUUUCCCGGAUGAUAUGAGAAUUGAUGAAACCAGAAAUAUGUUGCAAAGUUCUAGACCUGUAGAAAUUGCAAUCGUUCAAAGACCUGACAUUUCUGAUCAUGAUUUCAUUGAGGAACAAGAGAAACAUCUUUUUGCUGUUUGCACCAGAACAAUGGCGCUUCCAGUCGGAAGGGGAAUGUUCGCCCUUCAAACUACUGUUCCUCUGAUGAUUCAACCUGUUCAUGCACCCCAGCUAUGUUUAACUGGUAGAGGUGCCCCAAGAGGCACCACCAUUGAACUAUCCCAUAUAGAUGCGCCAUCUAACAUGAAUUUGUGGCCUCUCUUCCACAAUGGCGUGGCGACAGGCUUGACAAUUUCACCUAAUUCCAAUAUUAUCGACCGUUAUUGGAUAGUUUUCAAUAAACCCAAAACAAGCGAUAAGGAUAUGGAAUAUGGCGGAUUUCUAUUGGCUAUGGGUUUGCAUGGGCAUUUGAAACGUCUAGAUGUGUGGAAUAUCUACCAACACUUGAGUAAAAAACAUGAAAUGAUCACCGUUGGUCUUCUUUUAGGUUUUGCGAGUGCUCACAGAGGAACUUGCCACAUGGCUGUUACUAAAAUGCUUAGUAUUCAUCUAGAGGCUCUCUUGCCUCCAACUUCGAUGGAGUUGGAUCUCACGCACGCUCCGCAAGUUACCUCACUGCUUGGUAUUGGACUGCUUUACCAGGGAACCGCACAUUCCCACAUGGCCGAAGUUCUUUUGUCGGAAAUCGGUAGACCUCCCGGUCCUGAAAUGGAAAAUAGCACCGACAGGGAAUCCUACGCCUUGGCUGCAGGAUUGGGUCUCGGGUUAGUCAUGCUACAAAGGGGGGGUAAGUCAGGAUCACAAGACAUGAAUACUUCUGAUAUGUUGCACUAUUACAUGACUGGAGGAAUAAAGAGACCAUUUACUGGUGCUCAGAAGGAUAAGUACAAAGUCCCCUCCUUUCAAAUCAGGGAAGGGGCAUCGGUCAAUUUAGAUGUGACCGCACCAGGGGCUACACUUGCCCUUGGUCUCAUGUAUUUCGGCUCAAUGAAUAAAACUAUUGCCGAUUGGAUGUCUCCGCCCGAAACGCAAUAUUUAUUGGAUUUCAUAAGGCCGGAUUUCCUCAUGUUGAGGAUUAUAUCCAAAUCGCUUAUCUUAUGGGACGACAUUCGACCUACGAGAGAUUGGAUUGAAAAUCAGGUUCCCAAAAGUAUUAGACCGUAUUGUAUGGUUCAGCCUUCAGCAUCGUCUGGAGAGGUCGAUUAUGAAGCUAUGAACCAAGCAUAUUGUAAUAUUAUAGCGGGAGCAUGUUUUUCAAUGGGCCUGAGAUACGCCGGCACUGCCAAUGAGGAGGCUUUCAGGUCUUUGCUUCAUUUUUGUCACAUGUUUGUUUCUCUAACUGGAAAGUCGAUUUCUGAGUUGGCUGGAAAAACAACAAUCGAAACGUGCCUUAAUGUUCUGUUGCUCUCAAUUUCGAUGGUUAUGGCAGGAACUGGAAAUUUGGACAUCAUGAGAUUAAUUCGACAUCUUAGGAGGAGAGUUGGUGUAUCCAGUAGCGCAAUCGUCACCUAUGGGUCCCACUUAGCAAUUCAUAUGGCGUUGGGUUUACUCUUUUUAGGUGGUGGAAAGUUCACUCUUUCCAAUUCACCUGCCAGUGUGGCCGCUCUGAUUUGUGCCUUUUAUCCCAAAUUUCCCACUCAUAGUAAUGAUAACAGGUACCAUUUGCAAGCGUUCAGACACUUGUACGUUUUGGCUGUGGAAACAAGACUGAUUAUACCUAGGGAUUUAUAUACGGGUAAAAGUUGUUAUGCAAAUUUGAAAAUAGUACAAAUGGAUGGGACAUCCUACAAUGUUAAGGCACCUACAACUUUACCCAAUUUAAAUGAUCUUCGAGAAGUAUCUGUUGAUGAUGAAAGAUAUUGGAAAAUUGUGUUCAAGAAAGAUCUUAAUUGGAAAACCUUGGAGAUUAUAAUAUCAUCGGAUGGUAUUUUAGAAGUGAAGCAGAGAGCUGGUUGUCAGAGUUAUCUUCAGGAUAAACUCGAUCAUCACAGUCAGUUUGCAAGAAUGCUGAGUCAGUCUAACAUUACACCCUGGAAUCCUUCUCCCUAUACAAUUAAAAACUUCACAUCCAAUGAAGGCCUGAAACUCUUCUGUGUGAAUUUCUUGGAACCUUGUGAUUGUUCUGAAGGGGAAAGACAAAUAAAAAAUUUCCUGACCAGGGUCACUUAUGAAGCGGCAGUUCGUGACAAGCUCGUUAUAAUACCUGCUUAUACAGCUAUCGUAAAGAUGAUUCUCAGUAGUUCGUUGAUACCGAACAACUUCCAAUUAUGGCAAUUCAAGUUGCUGAUGGCACACGUAGAAAGCUUCAUAGACUUUAAUAUACUCCCAAAUCAUCUACUCGAUUCGAUCAAGGAAGAAGUCGAGUUGAAGAUGGAAUAUUGGGGAGACGACAUGAGUACCGACCUCCAAAAGUAUAUGGGUGGACGUUUGGAGGAGCUGAAUCAUCAAUCUAUCGCAAGGAGUAUAGCAGCUUUCGCAAAUCUAUUCGACGUUCCUCACGAUUUGAAUCGUAGAACUGUUCUUACGUUGUUGCAAUUAACCGAAAAGACUCAAAUGCAGCAAAUGCAAUAGUUCCAAUAUUUCAUCGUUAAUUAGGUUUACUUAAAUUGAUAUUUUUUUAAUAAAAUAAAGUGAAUACAUUUUAA